CGGACAUUGUUGCUCUAUCGACCCGUCUGGCUUAUGGGGCCUAUUUACAUGACCAUCCCCAAUCAUCCCCUUGAUACAGAUAAUACGCUAGCGUUCAUCAAAGAUCUCUCUAGCAAUGGCAACCUGAAUACUGUUGAUGUUAUAUUAUGCCCGCCUUCCCUGUAUAUUACGUCAUGAACCCUGACUACAUUCGAUUGUUGCUGGAGCUGAUGAUGGGAUACCUUACUGCAGGGCGUUAGCAAGAGUUCACGACAUGGGUGCUCACUAUCCUAAUGCAACUGAUCAGGGUAACAAACAAGCCGAACCAUGCCCAUCGAAGAAUGCGGUAACUUGAUGGUCCUGACAUUAGCGUAUGUGCGCGCUAUCGGUUAUAGAGAAUGGACAGCCAAGUAUCAAGAACUCAUGAGGCCCUAUGCUACCUGGUCGACAACGGUAUCGACAUCGCGGAGCAGUUUUAUCUUCUAAUGAUGCUGCGGGUGCUCUAG